AGAGGAGUUUUCGUCCGCGCAAUCAAGAUACGGUCAGCCGGAACACAAUGAUAAAUUAACUCAUAAGACGAGCUGUGAUAGUCUUAAAAAAUUCUUUUCUUCUGUCUGUGUUGCUGUUAACGCUGAGCUUCUUUACAUGGAAGGAGUAGGCUCCGUUCGUCAUGUUCGAUCCGCUGGACGCAUGACCCAACGCACUUUCUCAUCAACAACGGUGAGUUCAAUAGACGACAACAUUUCCCUUAGCUCAAGCUACACUGCAAACUUCAAACGCUCCUAUGGAUCAUCGAAGACUUCUGGUGCUGACAACUCGGGCGGUAGGGUAGCUGCUGGAAGUUCCCGAAUGAAGAACGGUCGGGGUCUUCGGAGGGGGUCCGUGCUUCCGAGCGAUGCCAACGGAUCAUCCGAACCAUCGUCAGCGAAAGGACAUCGAUUGAGCAUCUACUCUUUAAGCGGAUUGGCGGAGGUGGGGAUCAGAGUGCGCAGGCGUCGACGCAGUACCAUGGACUCAUGGGGGAAAAACAGGACACCAGGAGAAACAGAGUACUUUGACAAGGUAAAUAUAGCAGGGGGAAUGGGGACGAGGACUUGCAAGGCUUCAAACCUUCUAGGAGAACUCUGCAUAAACAGAGGAAAAAAUUAUAUUGUCGUAACUUCAACUAAUGUUCGGCAUUUACAUGAAAGGCUAGCUGGUAAACAUAAGCAAGAUACGCAGACGCAGUAAAGCGCUGCUAAGUAGCGCCUUUUGUAAGGAAAUUGUGCUUGCAAAUGAUGCUAAUUACGUACAUCUUAGUGUGUCGGCUUAUGCUUGUGCUUAUGCGCAAGUGGAAACCAGCCUUAAUCAACGAAACGGUAAUCGGAAUUACAUUCAUUUUCGAGGAUAAUCGGAAAGAAGUUUUUGAGCACCCAGUAACAAUCGAACAACUCAUCAUUAGAGGUUUUCUUUCCUA